AUGUCUGAUGAAAAUGCUUCUAGUCUUGAAGAUGCUAAUAAAAAAGUUCUUCAAGAUAUGAUAAAAUGUGCGGAACAAAAGAAACGUGGUGAUGCAUCAGGUGAAGCUAUGUCAUGGGUCAUCGAAAUUUUAAAAAAUUCUAAUCCAACAAAUAAUUUUUAUCAGCAUGUUAAUGGUUCCUCUAAUCAAGUUGUCGAAGUUGAAAAUAUUUUCCAAGGACAAACUGGUGAUGGAAAACCUUGGGAAAUGCGAUUUAAAAUCAAUGCCGAUUUGCCAAAUGAAGCAAGAAAACAUAAAGCACAUUUUGGUUGUGAUGUUUUUUGGAAUAAUGAAAGGAUUCUUGCUACACAUAAAUGGCUUCCAGAUGUAGAAACCAGUGUUGCUAAACAGACUGCUGCACCAGUAGUCAGUGAAUCACCAGCUGUUAUACAACGUUGGAAACGUGACUUUUCCAAAACAAAAACUGAUGGAAUUACAUAUGAUUAUAUUAGUGUUGAAUCAGGUUCUGCUGGUGCUGUCUUAGCUAAUCGCCUAUCCGAACAAAAUGAUAAACAAGUUCUUCUAAUUAAAGCUGGUGGUGCCGAGGCAACGAUUGAAAAUGAAUUUGAUAAAGUUGUAAAAACUAUGAAGGAGCUAACUAUUGGUGAAAGUGACGAUGAAGAAAAAGAAGAUAUCGGUAUUUCUGACGGAGAACUGCUUACUGAACAAAACAGACAAGCAACUAUGGAAGAAGAACGAAAAGCAAGACACACUAAGGUGGAAAAAGAGCGUGAAGAAGUAAGGCAGAAAAUUCGCGAUAAAUAUAAUAUCAAGAAGAAAGAUGAGCUCUCCACUCCCGCUCGCAAUAAAACGACAACAACAUUGAAUGAAAACAAAGCAAGAGAAGUGCAUCAAGCGUCUAGUGCAGAAAAUCAAGGUUCUGAUCCAGUGAAAACGAAGACAAAUGUAUUUAACAGUUUAAAGAAAAAAUUCGGAUGGAAAUGA